AGUAGUGCGAGUAGCUCCGGCGGCCGCACUGAGGCGAGGGUGACACACCAUGCUCCCGGUCCCUAGAGACCGUCGUGCUGGCGAGCUGCGCUCCGUAGCUCCCCGGUCCGCCUCGGCAGCGGUCAGAGUCGCCUACAGGAGUUGAGCCGCCCGCGCCGGAAGGUUCUGGGGAAGCUCUUGGAGGGGCGUCGAGCACAGUAGGGCGGCGGGGGUGCGUUGAGCGCUCGGGGGUCCGGCAUUCGGCUGGGAUCGCCGCCGGAGGGGCGUUUCCGAGGCGAGGAGGAGGAGGAGAUGCUGCUCCUCUUCUCCCCCUCCCCAGGCUCCUUCUCCAGCUCCUUCAGCCCACGCCCGCAGCCGCUUGUGGGAGAAGAGGUGGUGGCUCUCGGCGCCCGCGGCGGCUGCCGGCGGCCCGCCCCGACGCCGCGUCCCCGCAGCCCUAGCCCGGCGCUCCAGUAGCAGGACCUGGUCUCGGCACCAGCCGGUAAUAUGCACGUGUCACUAGCUGAGGCCCUGGAGGUUCGGGGUGGACCACUUCAGGAGGAAGAAAUAUGGGCUGUAUUAAAUCAAAGUGCCGAAAGUCUCCAAGAAUUAUUCAGAAAAGUAAGCCUAGCUGAUCCUGCUGCCCUUGGCUUCAUCAUUUCUCCAUGGUCUCUGCUGUUGCUGCCAUCUGGUAGUGUAUCAUUUACAGAUGAAAAUAUUUCCAAUCAGGAUCUUCGAGCAUUCACUGCGCCAGAGGUUCUUCAAAAUCAAUCACUAAGUUCUCUCUCAGAUGUUGAAAAGAUCCACAUUUAUUCUCUUGGAAUGACACUCUAUUGGGGGGCUGAUCAUGAAGUGCCUCAGAGCCAACCUAUCAAGCUUGGAGAUCAUCUCAACAGCAUACUGCUUGGAAUGUGUGAGGAUGUUAUUUACGCUCGAGUUUCUGUUCGGACUGUGCUGGAUGCUUGCAGUGCCCACAUUAGGAAUAGCAACUGUGCACCCUCAUUUUCCUACGUGAAACACUUGGUAAAACUGGUUCUGGGAAAUCUUUCUGGGACAGACCAACUUUCCUGUAACAGUGAACAGAAACCUGAUCGAAGCCAGGCUAUUCGAGAUCGAUUGCGAGGAAAAGGAUUACCAACAGGGAGAAGCUCUACUUCUGAUGUACUAGACAUACAAAAGGCUCCACUCUCUCAUCAGACCUUUCUUAACAAAGGGCUUAGUAAAUCUAUGGGAUUUCUGUCCAUCAGAGAUACACAAGAUGAGGAGGAUUAUUUCAAGGACAUUUUAUCAGAUAAUUCUGGACAUGAAGAUUCUGAAAAUACACGCUCCCCUUACCAGUUCAAAACUAGUGGCCCAGGAAAAAAAACCAUCCCUGGCGUUGAUGUACUUUCUAAGAAGAAGAUCUGGGCUUCAUCCAUGGAUUUGCUUUGUACAGCUGACAGAGACUUCUCUUCAGGAGAGACUGCCACAUAUCGUCGUUGUCACCCUGAGGCAGUAACAGUGCGGACUUCAACCACUCCUAGAAAAAAGGAGGCAAGAUACUCAGAUGGAAGUAUAGCCUUGGAUAUCUUUGGCCCUCAGAAAAUGGAUCCAAUAUAUCACACUCGAGAAUUGCCCACCUCCUCAGCAAUAUCAAGUGCUUUGGACCGAAUCCGAGAGAGACAAAAGAAACUUCAGGUUCUGAGAGAAGCCAUGAAUGUAGAAGAACCAGUUCGAAGAUACAAAACUUACCAUGGUGAUGUCUUUAGUACCUCCAGUGAAAGUCCAUCUGUUAUAUCCUCUGAAUCAGAUUUCAGACAAGUGAAAAGAAGUGAAGCCUCAAAGAGGUUUGAAUCCAGCAGUGGUCUCCCAGAGGUAGAUGAAACCUUAAGUCAAAGCCAGUCACAGAGACCAAGCAGACAAUAUGAAACACCCUUUGAAGGCAACUUAAUUAAUCAGGAGAUCAUGCUAAAACGGCAAGAAGAAGAACUGAUGCAGCUGCAAGCCAAAAUGGCCCUUAGGCAGUCUCGGUUGAGCCUAUAUCCGGGAGACACAAUCAAAGCAUCCAUGCUUGACAUCACCAGGGAUCCAUUAAGAGAAAUUGCCCUAGAAACGGCCAUGACCCAAAGAAAACUGAGGAAUUUCUUUGGCCCUGAGUUUGUGAAAAUGACAAUUGAACCAUUUAUAUCUUUGGAUUUGCCACGGUCUAUUCUUACUAAGAAAGGGAAGAAUGAGGAUAACCGAAGGAAAGUAAACAUAAUGCUUCUGAACGGGCAGAGACUGGAACUGACCUGUGAUACCAAAACUAUAUGUAAAGAUGUGUUUGAUAUGGUUGUGGCGCAUAUUGGCUUAGUAGAGCAUCAUUUGUUUGCUUUAGCUACCCUCAAAGAUAAUGAAUAUUUCUUUGUUGAUCCUGACUUAAAAUUAACCAAAGUGGCCCCAGAGGGAUGGAAAGAAGAACCAAAGAAAAAGACCAAAGCCACUGUUAAUUUUACUUUGUUUUUCAGAAUUAAAUUUUUUGUGGAUGAUGUUAGUCUAAUACAACAUACUCUGACAUGUCACCAGUAUUACCUUCAGCUUCGAAAAGAUAUUUUGGAGGAAAGGAUGCACUGUGAUGAUGAGACUUCCUUAUUGCUGGCAUCCUUGGCUCUCCAGGCUGAGUAUGGAGAUUAUCAACCAGAGGUUCAUGGUGUGUCUUACUUUAGAAUGGAGCACUAUUUGCCCGCCAGAGUGAUGGAGAAACUAGAUUUAUCCUAUAUCAAAGAAGAGUUACCCAAAUUGCAUAGUACCUAUGUGGGAGCUUCUGAAAAAGAGACAGAGUUAGAAUUUUUAAAGGUCUGCCAAAGACUGACAGAAUAUGGAGUUCAUUUUCACCGAGUGCACCCUGAGAAAAAGUCACAAACAGGAAUAUUGCUUGGAGUCUGUUCUAAAGGUGUCCUUGUGUUUGAAGUUCACAAUGGAGUGCGCACAUUGGUCCUUCGCUUUCCAUGGAGGGAAACGAAGAAAAUAUCUUUUUCUAAAAAGAAAAUCACAUUGCAAAAUACAUCAGAUGGAAUAAAACAUGCCUUCCAGACAGACAACGGUAAGGUAUGCCAGUACCUGCUGCACCUCUGCUCUUCCCAGCAUAAGUUCCAACUACAGAUGAGAGCAAGACAGAGCAACCAAGACGCCCAAGAUAUUGAGAGAGCUUCGUUUAGGAGCCUGAAUCUCCAAGCAGAGUCUGUUAGAGGAUUUAAUAUGGGACGAGCAAUCAGCACUGGCAGUCUGGCCAGCAGCACCCUCAACAAACUUGCUGUUCGACCUUUAUCAGUUCAAGCUGAGAUUCUGAAGAGGCUAUCCUGCUCAGAGCUGUCGCUUUACCAGCCAUUGCAGAACAGUUCAAAAGAGAAGAAUGACAAAGCUUCAUGGGAGGAAAAGCCUAGAGAGAUGAGUAAAUCAUACCAUGAUCUCAGUCAGGCCUCUCUCUAUCCACAUUGGAAAAAUGUCCUUGUUAACAUGGAACCCCCACCACAAACCAUUGCAGAGUUGGUGGGAAAACCUUCUCACCAGAUGUCAAGAUCUGAUGCAGAAUCUUUGGCAGGAGUCACAAAACUUAAUAAUUCAAAGUCUGUUGCGAGUUUAAAUAGAAGUCCUGAAAGGAGGAAACAUGAAUCAGACUCCUCAUCCAUUGAAGACCCUGGGCAAGCAUAUGUUCUAGGAAUGACUAUGCAUAGUUCUGGAAAUUCUUCAUCCCAAGUACCCUUAAAAGAAAAUGUAGAUGUGCUACACAAAAGAUGGAGCAUAGUAUCUUCACCAGAAAGGGAGAUCACCCUGGUAAACCUGAAAAAAGAUGCAAAGUAUGGCUUGGGAUUUCAAAUUAUUGGUGGGGAAAAGAUGGGAAGACUGGACCUAGGCAUAUUUAUCAGUUCAAUUACCCCUGGAGGACCAGCUGACUUGGAUGGAUGCUUGAAGCCAGGAGACCGUUUGAUAUCUGUGAAUAGUGUGAGUCUGGAGGGAGUCAGCCACCAUGCUGCAAUUGAAAUUUUGCAAAAUGCACCUGAAGAUGUGACACUUGUUAUCUCUCAGCCAAAAGAAAAGAUAUCCAAAGUGCCUUCUACUCCUGUGCAUCUCACCAAUGGGAUGAAAAACUACAUGAAGAAAUCUUCCUACAUGCAAGACAGUGCUACAGAUUCUUCUUCCAAGGAUCACCACUGGUCACGUGGUACCCUGAGGCACAUCUCGGAGAACUCCUCUGGGCUGUCUGGGGGCCUGCGGGAAGGAAGCCUGAGUUCUCAAGAUUCCAGGACCGAGAGUGCCAGCUUAUCUCAGAGCCAGGUCAAUGGUUUCUUUGUCAGCCAUUUAGGUGACCAAACCUGGCAGGAAUCACAGCAUGGCAGCCCUUCCCCAUCUAUAAUAUCCAAAGCAACUGAGAAAAAGACUUCCACUGAUAGUAACCAAAGCAAAACUAAAAAGCCAGGCAUUUCUGAUGCAACUGAUUACUCGGACCAUGGAGAUUCAGACAUGGAUGAAGCCACUUACUCCAGCAGUCAGGAUCAUCAAACACCAAAAAAGGAAUCUUCCUCUUCAGUGAAUACAUCCAAUAAAAUGAAUUUUAAAACUUUUUCUUCAUCACCUCCUAAGCCUGGAGAUAUCUUUGAGGUUGAACUGGCUAAAAAUGAUAACAGCUUGGGGAUAAGUGUCACGGUACUGUUUGACAAGGGAGGUGUGAAUACAAGUGUCAGACAUGGUGGCAUUUAUGUGAAAGCUGUUAUUCCCAAGGGAGCAGCAGAGUCUGAUGGUAGAAUUCACAAAGGUGAUCGCGUCCUAGCUGUCAAUGGAGUUAGUCUAGAAGGAGCCACCCAUAAGCAAGCUGUGGAAACACUGAGAAAUACAGGACAGGUGGUUCAUCUGUUAUUAGAAAAGGGACAAUCUCCAACAUCUAAAGAACACAUCCCGGUAACCCCACAGUGUACCCUUUCAGAUCAGAAUGCCCAAGGUCAAGGCCCAGAAAAAGUGAAGAAAACAACUCAGGUCAAAGACUACAGCUUUGUCACUGAAGAAAAUACAUUUGAGGUAAAAUUGUUUAAAAAUAGCUCAGGUCUAGGAUUCAGUUUUUCUCGAGAAGAUAAUCUUAUACCGGAGCAAAUUAAUGCCAGCAUAGUAAGGGUUAAAAAGCUCUUUCCUGGACAGCCAGCAGCAGAAAGUGGAAAAAUUGAUGUAGGAGAUGUUAUCUUGAAAGUGAAUGGAGCCUCUUUGAAAGGACUAUCACAGCAGGAAGUUAUAUCUGCUCUCAGGGGAACUGCUCCAGAAGUGUUCUUGCUUCUCUGCAGACCUCCACCUGGUGUGCUACCGGAAAUUGAUACCGCGCUUUUGACCCCACUUCAGUCUCUAGCACAAGUACUUCCAAACAGCAGUAAAGACUCUUCUCAGCUAUCAUGUGUGGAGCAAAGCACCAGCUCAGAUGAAAAUGAAAUGUCUGACAAAAGCAAGAAACACUGCAAGUCCCCAUCGAGAAGAGACAGUUACAGUGACAGCAGUGGGAGUGGAGAAGAUGACUUAGUGACAGCUCCAGCAAACAUAUCAAAUUCGACCUGGAGUUCAGCUUUGCAUCAGACUCUAAGCAGCAUGGUGUCACAGGCACAGAGUCAUCAUGAAGCACCCAAGAGUCAAGAAGAUUCCAUUUGUACCAUGUUUUACUAUCCUCAGAAAAUUCCCAGUAAACCAGAGUUUGUGGACAGUAAUCCUUCUUCCCCUCUACCACCGGAUAUGGCUCCUGGGCAGAGUUAUCAACCCCAAUCAGAAUCUGCUUCCUCUAAUUCAAUGGAUAAGUAUCAUAUACAUCACAUUUCUGAACCAACUAGACAAGAAAACUGGACACCUUUGAAAAAUGAUUUGGAAAAUCACCUUGAAGACUUUGAGCUGGAAGUAGAACUCCUCAUUACCUUAAUUAAAUCAGAAAAAGGAAGCCUGGGUUUUACAGUAACCAAAGGCAGUCAGAGAAUUGGUUGUUAUGUUCAUGAUGUCAUACAGGAUCCAGCCAAAAGUGAUGGAAGGCUAAAACCUGGGGACCGGCUCAUAAAGGUUAAUGAUACGGAUGUUACUAAUAUGACUCACACAGAUGCAGUUAAUCUGCUCCGAGCUGCAUCCAAAACAGUCAGAUUACUUAUUGGACGAGUUCUGGAAUUACCCAGAAUACCAAUGUUGCCUCAUUUGCUACCAGACAUAACACUAACGUGCAACAAAGAGGAGUUGGGUUUUUCCUUAUCUGGAGGUCAUGACAGCCUUUAUCAAGUGGUAUAUAUUAGUGAUAUUAAUCCAAGGUCCAUCGCAGCCAUUGAGGGUAAUCUCCAGCUAUUAGAUGUCAUCCAUUAUGUGAAUGGAGUCAGCACACAAGGAAUGACCUUGGAGGAAGUUAACAGAGCAUUAGACAUGUCACUUCCUUCAUUGGUAUUGAAAGCAACAAGAAAUGAUCUUCCAGUGGUCCCCAGUUCAAAGAGGUCUGCUGUUUCAGCUCCAAAGCCAACCAAAGGCAAUGGUUCCUAUAGUGUGGGAUCUUGCAGCCAGCCUGCCCUCACUCCUAAUGAUUCAUUCUCCACGGUUGAUGGGGAAGAAAUAAAUGAAAUCUCGUACCCCAAAGGAAAAUGUUCUACUUAUCAGAUAAAGGGAUCACCAAACUUGGCUCUGUCCAAAGGUAGUUUUCCAAAUCAGUCAUCUAAUUACUCUAAAUGCCCUAAUAACUCAGAAUCCUAUAUACAAGAAGAUGACAUUUAUGAUGAUCCCCAAGAAGCUGAAGUUAUCCAGUCUCUGCUGGAUGUUGUGGAUGAGGAAGCCCAGAAUCUUUUAAACCAAAAUAAUGCAGCAGGAAACUCCUGUGUUCCAGGUACAUUAAAGAUGAAUGGGAAGUUAUCAGCAGAGAGAACAGAAGAUACAGACUGCGAUGGUUCACCUUUACCUGAGUAUCUUACUGAGCCCACCAAAAUGAAUGGCUGUGAAGAAUAUUGUGAAGAAAAAGUAAAAAGUGAAAGCUUAAUUCAGAAGUCACAAGAAAAGAAGACUGAUGAUGAUGAAAUAACAUGGGGAAGUGAUGAGUUGCCAGCAGAGAGAACAAACCAUGAAGAUUCUGAUAAAGGCAAGAAUUAUCAUUCCUUUCUGACAAACGAGGAGCUUGCUGUACUCCCUGUCGUCAAAGUGCUUCCCUCUGGUAAAUACACGGGGGCCAACUUAAAAUCAGUCAUUCGAGUCCUGCGGGGUUUGCUAGAUCAAGGAAUUCCUUCUAAGGAGCUGGAGAAUCUUCAAGAAUUAAAACCUUUGGAUCAGUGUCUAAUUGGGCAAACUAAGGAAAACAGAAGGAAGAACAGAUAUAAAAAUAUACUUCCCUAUGAUGCUACAAGAGUGCCUCUUGGAGAUGAAGGUGGCUAUAUCAAUGCCAGCUUCAUUAAGAUACCAGUUGGAAAGGAAGAGUUUGUUUACAUUGCCUGCCAAGGACCACUGCCUUCAACUGUUGGAGACUUCUGGCAGAUGAUUUGGGAGCAAAAAUCCACAGUGAUAGCCAUGAUGACUCAAGAAGUAGAAGGAGAAAAAAUCAAAUGCCAGCGCUAUUGGCCCAACAUCCUAGGCAAAACAACAAUGGUCAGCAACAGACUUCGACUGGCUCUUGUGAGAAUGCAGCAGCUGAAGGGCUUUGUGGUGAGGGCAAUGACCCUUGAAGAUAUUCAGACCAGAGAGGUGCGCCAUAUUUCUCAUCUGAAUUUCACUGCCUGGCCAGACCAUGAUACACCUUCUCAACCAGAUGAUCUGCUUACUUUUAUCUCCUACAUGAGACACAUCCACAGAUCAGGCCCAAUCAUCACGCACUGCAGUGCUGGCAUUGGACGUUCAGGGACCCUGAUUUGCAUAGAUGUGGUUCUGGGAUUAAUCAGUCAGGAUCUUGAUUUUGACAUCUCUGAUUUGGUGCGCUGCAUGAGACUACAAAGACACGGAAUGGUUCAGACGGAGGAUCAAUAUAUUUUCUGCUAUCAAGUCAUCCUUUAUGUCCUGACACGUCUUCAAGCAGAAGAAGAGCAAAAACAGCAGCCUCAGCUUCUAAAGUGACAUGAAAAGAGCCUCUGGAUGCAUUUCCAUUUCUUUCCUUAACCUCCAGCAGACUCCUGCUCUCUAUCCAAAAUAAAGAUCACAGAGCAGCAAGUUCAUACAAUAUGCAGGUUCUCCUCUAUCUUAGAGGGGUAUUCUUCUUGACAAUAAAUAAUAUUGAAAUGCUGUAUUUUUUUACAGCUACUUUAACCUAUGAUAAUUAUUUACAAAAUUUUAACACUAACCAAACAAUGCAGAUCUUAGGGAUGAUUAAAGGUGCAUUUGAUGAUAGCAGACAUUGUUACAAGGACAUGCUGAGUCUAUUUUUAAUGCACGCAUCUUGUUUAUAGCAAAAAUGUUUUCCAAUAUUUUAAUAAAGUAGUUAUUUUAUAGGGGAUACUUGAAACCAGUAUUUAAGCUUUAAAUGACAAUAAUAUUGGCAUAGAAAAAAAGUAGCAAAUGUUUACUGUAUCAAUUUCUAAUGUUUACUAUAUAGAAUUUCCUGUAAUAUAUUUAUAUACUUUUUCAUGAAAAUGGAGUAUCAGUUAUCUGUUACUGCAUCAUCUGUUUGUAAUGCAUUAUCUCACUUUGUAAAUAAAAACACACCUUAAAACAUGAACAAGCCAAAACUGUGUGCGGACAAA